AUGCCUCCGAAAGGUGGGCCAAAGCACGCAUCAAACCUCAGCGAGUUAGUGAAAGCCUUCGCCGAGGCAUUCAAGACAAGUCAGGAGCAGCUCGCCAAGGCGUACGACGACCUCGCGUCCGGCUACCAGAAGCACGACUCCAAGCUUCCGAAGACCCGCCCUCGAAUCCCCUUCGCCGAGUGGGCAUCCCGCGAGAUCGAAGGCCCCAUCCUCCGUCGCGUACUCGAGGCAAGGUUCGAGGCGCACUGGGAUUCCCUGAAAAAGUCGGAGCAAACCCGCCGGGUGCAGGCCCUCGAGGCUCUCGGCUUGGAACACUCGGGAGAGCUCUAUAUGUGGUUCGGGGAAGCUGCUGUCGCAUCUAGAGACGCUUGGCUCGGCCUUGACUCCCUUGAAGUCACGGCUGCAACUCUUUUCUCAGAAAUCAUUGCUGGCCGCGCAGAAAAGAACAGCCGCCCUCUACAUUACUUGCGCACCGCAUUCACACCAUCCGAGGUGAUUGCUGCCAAGAAGCGACUUCCACGCAUCAAGCCCGAAGUCAAAAAGAACGACCCGAGAAACAAGCUCGGAGAAGUCGAGUCGCAAGAGAAUCGAGUGGUCGAAGACAGCAACCGCAUUUCCGACAACUCUAUCCAAGAGGCUGCCGUUCAGCGCGGUGGUGAUAUUCAAGACCAGGGCUCCGAUAUUUUCGAGACGUCGUGGGAUAGUAUCAGCAAGGAUAUUGAAGCCCACCGAGCGGUUCACAAUACUGGAUCGGCACGACCAUUGGUUAGAGACGAAGACGCCGAGAGUCCCCUGCAAAAUUGGAACGCGGACCAGCCCUACGACGCGAACGAAUCUUCGUCUUUGCUGUUCAACGACGAAACCUCUGUGGACUCGGCUAUGCGCAUCAACACAAACAGAGCGUUGGGGGCUGGAAUGGGGGCAGCAGCCAGCAGGGUGAGCCCGGGAGCGGAGGGAGCAUCUCCAGACGACAGCGCAAUUGGUAUGGAGGAGUCUGACGGGCCCGUCAUGAAUGGAAGCGACGAUUCCGGCAAUCCGAAAGAGGCGUUUGGUCAACCUCGCCCGGCCGUUAGCAAGCUACCGCACGACGGCAAAGCACUUGAGGCACCACAUGCAGAGUCAGAGAACGCCGAUGAUGCACUUGGAGCACUUGAAGACUUGUUCCGAACGGGCCUUGCACGCAUUACUCGAGCCAGGGACCGCAUCUCGACCCACAAGAAUGAUGAGAAGGCAGCCCUCAAUGACUGCGCCGAGUUGAAGGACAAGAUGGUCCACCUCAACGCGCGGCUGAUUGCGCGGGCAGACGAGCUUUUGCGCGCAACCGAUGGCUCGGAGGAAGAAUGGACCAAGUAUUCUCAGGGUCAUCUCGAGGCUGGGAAGUGGGAGAAGGAGCUCAUUGAGGCAGGUGGGAAGAAGCGCAAGAGGUCGACGGACGCCAGCACCUCGCAGAAGAAAAGGGCCAAGAUUGAAUGCUGCGCGGAGAGGGUUGCCCAACAGGUGAAAAGCGCGAGCCAAACCUUUAAUGAACUGGAAAAGCUCUGUGAGACAGACUGA